UCAAGUCUUGAAUAUAAACUCGGGACGAGGUCGAGGCCCCAUAACUGACUGGUUUCAGUUGUAGAUGACGAUAUUGAUGAUAAAGAACACGAUGAGAUGAGUCAUGAGAUGGCCGGCCGAUGGUAUCUGCGCUUCUCUCCCCCACCACUACCGCUCCCUCCUGAGGGUAUGCGCCCGAGGCGCCUUCCUCGAGGAGGGCCAGAAGCUUCACACCGCUCUCCUCAAGAAUGGCCUCGCCGACCCUCCCGACUCCUUCAUCCACAAUGCUCUCCUCCACAUGUACGCCGCGUGCGGCUGCACCUCUUCCGCUGCCCGAUUGUUCGAUCAGAUUCCCUGCACACACCGAGACAUCGUCGACUGGACCACUUUGAUGAGAUGCUACGGUCGCCACGGCCUUCCACGCCAUGCCCUCCUUCUCUUCCGUGCUAUGCGAGUUGAAGGUGUACGUCCUGAUGAGGUAACUCUGCUCUGCCUCUUCAACGCCUGUUCCCGUCUCGGGGAUAUUGUGGUUGGAGCGCAUGGGCAUCUCUGUAUGAUCAAAAACGGGCUGCCUUUCACGGUCACUGCCAGUAACGCAGCCAUGGACAUGUACGCCAAGUGCGGUCGGAUGUGCGACGCAAGACGUGUCUUUGAGGAGAUGACGGAGCGGUCCGUUGUCUCUUGGACUGUAAUUCUCUCCGGUGCAUUGAAAUGGGAGGGAUUAGAGAACGGGAGUCGGAUAUUCUAUGAAAUGCCGGAGAGGAAUGAGGUUGGCUGGACCGUCAUGAUCGCAGGCUUCUUGGAGAGAGGAUUCCGAAAGGAAGCCUCUGUUUUGAUUGGAACAAUGCUGUCUUCUUCAUGCUCGAUGCUCAACCAUGUCACUCUCUGCUCUAUCCUCUCCGCCUGCUCGCUUUCUGGGGAUCUAACUGUUGGGGAAUGGGUGCAUGCGUACGUCAGGAAGACAAUGGGGAAUGACCUGCAUCUCAUGGUAGGAACAGGUUUGGUUGAUAUGUAUGCUAAAUGUGGUAGGAUCGAUACCGCGAGCCAAGUGUUUGAGAAUAUGUCUUACAGAAACGUUGUAGCUUGGAAUGCCAUGCUAAAUGGUCUCGCCAUGCAUGGAAGAGGCGAGGCUGUGUUAAGCCUCUUUCCUCGGAUGAUCUCGGAGGCCCAGCCAGAUGAUAUAACAUUUGUGUCCAUCUUAAGUGCGUGCAGCCACUCGGGUAUGGUGGAUCAGGGUUGCCGCUACUUCUGUGACCUUGUACCUGUCUACUGCAUCGAGCCUAAGGUGGAGCACUAUGCUUGUAUGGUCGAUCUAUUGGGUCGGGCAGGUCGGUUGGAAGAUGCUUUGGUUCUGGUGAGAGAGAUGCCCAUUCCGCCUAAUGAAGUUGUUCUUGGAUCUCUCCUAGCAUCCUGCAGUCUCCAUGGCAAGCUCCAACUAGGGGAGCACCUUCUAAAAGAACUGAUUCAGAUUGAUCCCUUCAAUGUUGAUUAUCAUGUGUUGCUGUCCAACAUGUAUACACUGGCUGGAAGGUGUGACAAAGCUGAUUUCCUUCGCCAAGUUUUCAAAAAAAGGGGAAUUAGAAAGGUGCCUGGCAUAAGCUCUAUACAUGUGAAUGGUCAAGUUCAUCAAUUUAGUUCAGGGGACAAGUCACAUCCUCGAACGCAAGAGAUCUAUGCCAUGUUGGACGUGAUGAUUCUAAAAUUGAGGUUGGCAGGUUAUGUCCCUGAUACUGCUUCCCAGACAUUCUCUGUUUCUGCAAGCCAGAUCAAUGAUGCAGAUGAGCAAGAGGAGAAGGAACAAGCACUCUUCUCUCACAGUGAGAAGCUGGCUAUCGCAUUUGCACUUAUAAGCACAAAACCCGGAAUGACCCUCCGCAUCUUUAAGAACUUGAGAAUAUGCCAGGAUUGCCAUGCUGCAAUUAAACUUAUUUCUAGUGUUUACAACCGGGAAAUAAUCAUCAGAGAUCGUUUCCGUUUCCAUUCCUUCAAACAAGGUUCAUGUUCUUGCUCUGACUACUGGUGAUCAUCCUCAAAUCUGAUUUAUCAGUACUUAAGUUACCUUAGUAUCGAAAUACUUGGCUGUAAGAAUUUGUGGCGACUCAGAAUUUUAGAAUGACACACAAAGAUGGGUGCAAGUGAAUUAUAUAUGCAAGUUAUGUACAGGGAUCAAUUUAUCCUUAUGAAGGUUUUGUUUUAGUGUAGUUGGCUGAUAUUAGGAUUAUUUAUGGGGAGGAGCAGUGGUGAUAAGCAAGAAGCCAACUCCUCAGAAUGCUUGAUAAUUAGGUUUUAUCACCAAUACCUGUUACUGCUGCAUGUGAUGCAGUAGCAAGAUUCUAUAUGGUAUUGAUGAUUUCCAAGAGGGCGAUAGAAGAGGUAGGGAUGUCUCCGGCCAUUACUCAUGAAGGCUUCUUCGGAUGUUGUUGUCAUGGUGGACAUUGGGAUCGUCUCUUUGAUCACAAAGCUGCAGUAUUCUAUGGGACAUUUUCGUGUUGAAAGUUUUCUGGACAGUGAGCAGUGAUUGACCUUCACUAUUUCCACCAAAUCCUUGCUGUUUCUCAGGCAUGUAGUUAAGAAUUCUUACUAGUUCAUAGUUGAUGCAUCUGAAGGUUCCCCUUUGUAGUGAAUGGUGCCAUAGUUGUCCAUUUUAAUCUCUUUAAUCAACCAGAUCAAACACUUGCCGCCUGGUUA